AUGGACGCUUCAAUCACAGAAAAAAAGCCCGACGUCGAGGCUACAGCCACACCGGCGACCCCCGAGGAUGAACGGUCCAGAUAUGGAAGCGUCGACGAGGCCGAGGUCUUCGUCACUGGGCAAGGUGGUGUCAACUUCCGAACAGUCGGCUGGAUCAGAGCGUCCAUGUUCUUCCUCAAGAUGACCUUUGCCGCGGGCGUGCUCUCCAUUCCUGCUGCGCUCUACAAUCUCGGUGCCGUUGCAGGAGGCAUCUUCAUUGUGUUCUGGGGCCUGCUCAACACAUACUGCGCCGUACUGCAGGGUCAGUUCAAGCUCAAGUACCCCUCGGUCCACACCAUUGCAGACAGUGCGUACAUCGCUUCCCUAAAGAUGGGCCUCACGAAGAAAAACGCCUGGGUCGUGAAAGAGAUCACGGAAUUCGUCUAUCUCUUCACCUGGAUCCUCUGCGCGGGCGUCUCAACGCUCGGUUUUUCCAUCGCCCUCAACGCCGUCUCGAAACACGGCACUUGCACCAUCACAUUCGGCUUCGUUGCCUACAUCAUCGUGGCCUCGGUUGCCAGCAUCAGAAAGAUUCACAAUCUUGGCUGGAUCACAUGGGUCGGGUUCAUCUCCAUUGUCGCGGCCAUCAUGAUUGUGGUCAUUGCGGUCACGAUACGUGAUCGCCCCGCAGCUGCGCCUCAGACAGGAGACUUCGACCUUGGUUUCUCGGCCUCGCCUCCCGUCGGGGCAACCUUUGCCACCGCGUGGUCGGCUUCAUUGGCCAUCUUCUCCUCUUCGGCCAACACCUCCGGGUUCGUUCCCGUGAUAUCAGAGAUGCGAAGACCACAGGACUACUUCAAGAGUGUGUAUGUCACCAUGGCCUGGAUCACUUCGUCCUAUCUAGCCCUGGCCAUGACCGUCUAUGCCUAUUGCGGCAAAUGGGUUUCCUCCCCAGCCUUGGGCUCGGCCGGCCCGACCAUCAAGAUCAUCUCAUACGCCAUUGCGAUUCCGGGCCUGAUUGCCGGCACCAUGAUUUGCGUGCACGUGGCCGGCAAGAGCAUCUUCGUCCGCAUCCUGCGAAACACCCACCACUUGACCCAAAACACAAAGACGCACUGGGCGGUCUGGUUGUCGUGUACGUACGGAACGGGCCUGCUCGGCUGGAUUCUGUGUGAGGCCAUUCCGUUCUACGGCAGUCUGGUCUCGCUGAUUGGCGCUCUCGGCUUCGGGUAUCUGGGUGUCUUUAUCCCCGCCAUUCUAUGGAUGGUCUUGAACGAAGGCGCCCGGAAGGGUACCCCCGUGAAGAUCUUCAUGUAUUAUCUGCACGUGGGCAUUUUCCUGCUUGGGUGCCUGAUCACUGUUGGAGGGACGUACGCCAACGUGGUGAGCAUUAUCGAUCAAUACCGUGCUGGCCAGGUUGGGUCCGCGUUCAGCUGCCUUGACAACAGCAAUACUGUUGCCGGAGGCUAG